AUGAAUGAACAACUGUUAUAUUUUUUUCUUUCUAUUCUCGCACCAGUUUUUUCUAAGAUUUUUGAAUACAGUUGUGCAAAUCUGAGUAGUGCUGGAAAUUUAUUCAGUGGCAACCAUUUUACCAGUGUUGUAGCGAGCAUCAUAACUCUCCUCAAUUUACCAGUUGUCGAUUACACUCUUCCUCAAGCUGCUGAAGCUAUUAGCCAGAACCACUUUGGGUUUACUGGAUACUGUGUUUCUGAUGCUGUCAAACAAGUUAACUCUUGUAAUAACAAGUUUUCUGAGUUGGUGUUGGCACCUUUAGGGAAUAGAAAUGGGGUUGUUCACAAGUUUGUGGAUGUUGCUUCUGCUAUUAUUAAGCAAUUUUUAAAGGAUUGA